UUGAGGCAAACGGAAGGAGGAGCUCCCAGUACCCUCCGUCCAUCACCCAUAAAGAGCCAGCCCAGCCUCACCACUCCUGAGCACGGCUGGAGAGAUGAGACCCUCACGCCAGCUCGCCCUAGCGGGGCUGCUGGUCUUCUCUCUUAUUCCGAGUCAACUAUGCCAGAUGCACGCAUUAACCCAGGUGAAUAAGAAGAAGACGGAGGAGCAGACGACUGAAUCCAGGAAGCAGACUGGGUUGCAGGCGGGGACUUGGAAGGUGUGCAUCGGGGUAAAUGAAACCAACUUCUGGCAUAUAGAACCUCUGAUAAACACGAUGCUAAACGCAAAGUACACCGAACGGUUCCAAGAUGCCAACGUCCUGUUGACCUUCAGACUUGUUGGGAUUAAGAGUCAAAGGCUAGAACAGCAGCUGAGUGGACAAAUCAAAGAAGACAUAAAUAGCAGAGAGAUGGAGUUAACCUCGGGAGAGCUUGCCGUGGAUAUUCUGGCUUUGGGAGCAUGUGAAAAUCAGGAUAGAGAGCUUAUACGUGGUGCUCAUCUGGUUAGCAAACUUGGAGCCAAAUUCCAAGCAGAAAUUCAGAACAUGGAGGCGCACAGCGGCAACCCACUGACUAACUAUUACCAGCUCAGCCUGGCCCUGUUGGCCUUGUGUCUGUUCAACGGGCGCUACUCAAUCACCAGUGUGACUUAUUACUUCACUCCUGAAAAUAAGAACUAUUAUUUUGAGGACCAGUUCUCAGUAGAUACCGGAGCGAUGGCUGUUCUUGCUCUGACGUGUGUGCGGAGGGAUACACAAAAGAAGAUGAACGCGAACACAAAGCGUAAAAUCAGUGGCUACAUAGCGUCACUGGCAAACAAGAUCCAGGCCGAGGGAAAACAGGGCCUCCUUGGAAACAUAUUUAGCACGGGAGAGGCUAUGCAGGCUCUCUUUGUCUCAUCGGACUAUUACAAAAAUGAAAGAAAUUGCCGAGAAACUCUGCGCGCAGUAUUUGACAACAUUUCUCAGGGAGUAGUUUACCUGCCGAUUGCUGCAGCCCAGAUCUUACCUGCCUUGAUGGGAAAGACCUAUCUGGAUGUCACCAGCCCUUCUUGUGGCCACAAUCCAGUCAAAUUCAAUGUCUCCACUGAGAAGCCUGAUACGGCGACGCCCACAACUGCACCCUUGUACAUCUUAGUCAAAUAUUCUGUGCAAAUCAACAAGACAAGUCACACUGAAGUCACCGUGAGAAAGGGUUCUGUCUUCCUCGAUGUGAUGAAGGCUGCUCAGGAGAAAAACAAGACUCUAUUUCGCUUCACAGUGGAGGAGACCUCGUGGGGCCCCUUCGUCACCUCUGUUCAGGGCAUAAGCGCCAGUAGUAAAGACAGAACCUACUGGAAACUUCUGAGCAAUGGCCAGCCACUGACCCAAGGGGCUGGGAGUCAUGUUGUCCAAAAUGGAGACAAUUUGGAGGUUCGUUGGAGCAAAUACUAAUAAAUUCAAACCCUCCUCAGCUGGGUCUGAGCCUUUUGUGGGACAAUUCUAUGUGGAAAUUGAGCUUACAUUUUCUUUUUCAUUCAUAUCUCAAUGCUUCCAGCACAUCAAUAGCCUCUACUUCUCUCUUUGAGUGUCCAAUAAAAGACCGACAGCUACACAGAAAGAGCACGCUCUAAUCAUUUAAUACCAAAGGGAAUUACUAUUAGAGGGAAGACUACCUCAGGGAGAACCGAAGUGAAAAAGAUUAGACCCACCUGUCUAAGCAGUUGAGUUCUGCGCACAGUUCCCCUGCUAACUCUCUGGGUGACCUUGGGCAACUGGGGGAGAUGGAGAGAAGGUUCUAACUCAAAUGGUACAGCAGCAACCAGUGAGAUCGAGGAGGCGUCUCAUAGGGAGACUGAGGUCUCUGAGACCCGGGGGCAAGGGAGGAACUGAAGAGACAUGUUGGCCUCAUACAGGCAGCGGGUGGGUAGAGAGAAAAAUACUGCCCUAGACGAAGUAAAAUGGGAGGCCUAUCCAUGAAAGUCAGCACACAAGGUUUGAGGAACUGUUUCAUCCCUAUCGCCAGCUGCCUCCCCUAGGUCCCACUCCUCUAAUUUCACCAUGAAAAUCUUAUUUCUUCUCCUAUUUCACCAUGAAAA